UAUACGGUCUUCCGUCCGGCAGGGGCCGUUCUAGCCUGGCAGCACGCUGUCUCCGUGUCCCUCAAGCUUUAAUGACAACAAUCCCGCUCGCAGCGCUGAGGGGAACUACAACUCCCGGCACCCCCUUCGCGGCCUUUGCAGCCAAUCUCUGUUCGGGAUUUUUUUUCUCACUGGCGCUGCCGGGGCGCGCGGGCGGCUUUUGUGUGAAGAGGAAGCGGGCGGCGGUGACCCGGACACACCCGGAAAAGACUAGAACAUACCCGGGGGGGAGGGAGGGGGACUCGGCAGGCCGGGAGCCGCGCACGACGCCCGAAAGCCCUGCAGAAUCGGCCUGAGACAAUAAAACACCCGAAAGAGCCCGUAUUUCAGGCCCGGGUCUGGCGUCAUCCCCACAGGAAGAGGCCCGAUACCGACCGGAACCGUCCUUCCGCCUUCCCGUAUAACGUGACCGGAGGAGACACCCGAAUAAUACAUCCGCCGCCAUUUUGUGUCCCUUCCAUACGGGGCUCACCCGAAAGAUAAGAGACGAGGCCAUCCAGGUUGUGAUCGGGCGGGAACACCCGGAGGGGACCGGCACCCCUGAAAAAACACGUCACCGGACCCGAAUUUGCUGACGCCCCUCCCCCUUUUGGGUUCCUGUGGCUGAAGUCCGAGACACCCGGAUCUAGAAUGGAACAAACUGAAGGCCCUAUGAGAGAAAGGGAAAGCUGAUGAUGCCUGAGCACGACAAUGGAUUUCUCCUUCUCUUUCAUGCAAGGGAUCAUGGGAAACACAAUCCAGCAACCCCCUCAACUCAUCGACUCAGCCAACAACCGGCAGGAUGAUGCCAACAGCAGCGAUCAGGCUGACGAGGGCGGUCAUACGCCCUAUGAUUCUGGUCUGCAGCCGGACUUCCAGUACCACACGCCUACCACCGAGGACUUGCCACCCCUCACUAAUGGCUAUCAGUCCUCUUUGGGAUAUGACUCACAAAUCAAAUACCAGGCAUAUUCUCAGUUCCCUAAUGGCUCAGCCAAUGGGUAUGGCAGCAGAAACUUCAGUACCCUGGAGUAUUACCACCAUCUGGAGACUGCCGCUAUGCGGCCUAAUGAGGGGGUAGUUAAAUCUUCCCCUCCCCAGCCCACCUCCCCUCCAACAAGUUUUCAACCUCCUCCUUCCACUUUUACUCAAAAAAAGACUGGCUCCCCAGAGAUCAAGUUAAGAAUCACAAAGACAAUUCAGAAUGGGCGGGAGAUGUUUGAAUCCUCACUAUGUGGGGAUCUCCUUCAUGAAUUCCAAGCAAAUGAAAUAAACCGGAAAAAGCAUGAAAGGCGGCGGGAAAGGAAGGAGAAAAGAAAGAAAAGCAGCAGGCAUCAUCAUCACCAUCACCACCACCACCGUGAGGAGGUGAAGGUGGAGGAACCACAACCCAACAAGAUUCAAAAACUGGAGCCUCCUGAGGAAGAGAUAGCUGAACAGAGAUCCAAUUUUAUUUUUCAGGCUGAACAGAGCCCCAGUUCUCCGCUUUCUCCUGAGGUCCGGACUGGUGUUUGGUUCCAUAUUGGAGACUUGGUUUGGUCUAAGGUGGGAACUUACCCUUGGUGGCCCUGUAUGGUGUCCUGCGACCCUCAGCUUCAUGUUCACAGCAAGAUCAAUUCCAGAGGUGCUCGUGAAUACCAUGUGCAGUUUUUCAGCAAUGAGCCAGAGAGAGCCUGGAUACACGAGAAGCGCAUGCGGGAAUACCGAGGUCGGAAGCAGUAUGAGCAACUGCUGGCUGAAGAUGCUGCUAAAGUACUUAACCAAUCAGACAGGCUUAAGAUGAGGAAGCCCCGGCCGCAGAAAGAACGCAUCCAGUGGGAUAUUGGUAUCGCCCAUGCUGAGAAAGCCCUGCGGAUGACACGGGAGGAGAGAAUAGAGCAGUACACUUUCAUCUACAUAGAUCCAGAGAGCUCUCCUGAACCCAAAAAGCCAGCACCUAGUAAAAAGUGUCGGAGGUCCACAUCAAGUAGUGAGGCAGAAUCUGCCCGUUCAUCAGACGUUACCAAAUCUCCUCCAGCACCUCAAUCUAUUUCUUCGUCAAGAGACUCUAGAGACUCUGUACCUGAAACCCGUAGGCAGAGCCAGAGAAAACAAGCACCGGCACCAGCACCGGCACCAGAACCGGAACCAGAACUGGAACCGGUCCAGCCACCGCCGGAGGAGGAGGAGGCACCGCCACCCCAGCCUCCACCUCCUCCUAAAACCCCCUGGAAGACUGCAGCUGCUCGCAAAUCCCUUCCUCCUUCAGUUCUUUUGCACAGGGGCACUAUAGACCUUCAGAAGUGCAAUAUGUCACCUGUGGUGAAAAUAGAGAAUGUUUUAGCCCUCAAGAAUGCCUCUUCUGAAGGUAUCGACCAAUUCAUAUUCACAACCAAGGGAGAUGGAACCAAGCCGGAAAUCACAAUUAAAUUGACGGAAAAGACGCCCACACCCUCCCCCAACUUGAAGGUUGAGAAAACGUCAGCACAACACACGCCUGCUCCUGAAACAUCAUCGGGGGCCACAGGGAGCUCAGAGAAGAAACACCAGAGAAGAUCUAAUCGGACUCGUUCAGAAUCUGAGAAGUCCUUGGACUCUUUGCCAAAGAAGAAAGUGAAGAAAGAGCAGGUGGAAGACACUCCUCUAACAGCGGUACAGACUGGGUUGCAGAAAGGGGCCAGUGAGAUCUCUGACGCAUGCAAGCCCCUGAAGAAGAGAAGCCGGGCCUCCACCGAUGUGGAGCUUGCGAAUUCCUCCUACCGUGAUGCUUCAGACUCUGACUCCCGUGGCCUAAAUGAUGCACAGAUCAGCUUUGAUAAGCAGCCGGACAGCCCAUCGGCCAAUGCAGAUGCAGAUGCCUCUGAUGUGCAAUCUGUAGAUUCCAGCGUAUCUCGGCGGUCAAGCAAGAGAGACACAGUGUGCCAGAUCUGUGAAACUUUUGGGGAUUCGCUGGUGGCUUGCAAUGGGGACUGCUCUCGUCUCUUCCACCUCGAGUGUCUGGGCAUGGAUGCAUUGCCAGAUGGGAAAUUUAUCUGCAUGGAGUGCAAAACUGGUCUCCACACUUGUUUCUCUUGCAAGAUACCCAGUACUAGUAUCAAGCGCUGUUCUGUACCUUCAUGUGGAAAGUUUUUCCAUGAAUCCUGUGCCCGCCAGUUUUCAGCAACGGUCUUCGAUUCAAAGGGCUUCCGGUGCCCACACCAUUGCUGCAGCUCCUGCAGUGCUGACAAGGACACGUAUAGAGCCUCCAAAGGGCGCAUGUUACGCUGUGUACGAUGCCCAGUGGCGUAUCACAGUGGAGACAACUGUGUGGCUGCAGGCAGCCUCAUCCUCACUGGUAAUCUCAUCAUUUGCAGCAACCAUUCCAAGCGCAGUGGACAUUCUUCCUCUGCUGUCAACGUGAGCUUCUGCUUCGUUUGUGCUCGAGGUAAGCAAUGGCUGAUAGUUCAGGAUUAUACCCUGGUCAGUUCUAUGUCCUUUAAGUCCCACUUUCUACUGAAUGACUCAAAGCGUGCAGAGUUGAUGAAAAUACCUAUGAUUCCUUCUUCCUCGCCAGCUUUCCUAAAGAAAUCUGAGAAAGGAGGCGGCAAGCUACUAUGCUGCGAUUCGUGUCCAGCCGCCUUCCACCCUUCCUGUCUCAACAUAGAGAUGCCACAAGGAUCCUGGAGCUGCAAUGACUGUAGGACGGGGAAGAAGCUGCACUACAAACAGAUUGUGUGGGUCAAGCUUGGGAAUUACAGAUGGUGGCCAGCUGAGAUCUGCAAUCCGAGGUCCGUCCCACUCAAUAUCCAGGGCCUGAAACAUGACAUAGGAGAUUUUCCAGUUUUCUUCUUUGGUUCUCAUGAUUAUUAUUGGGUACACCAUGGUCGUGUCUUUCCCUAUGUAGAAGGGGAUAAAAGCUUUGCAGAGGGCCAGACCAGUAUGAACAAAACUUUUAAGAAAGCUCUGGAAGAGGCUGCUAAGAGGUUCCAUGAACUGAAGGCACAGCGGGAGAGCAAAGAAGCACUGGAAGUGGAGAGAAACUCCAGAAAACCCCCUCCAUACAAGCACAUCAGGAACAACAAACCUGUGGGGAAAAUUCAGAUCCAGGUGGCCGAUAUCUCAGAAAUACCUCGUUGUAACUGUCGUUCCUCUGAUGAAUCUCCGUGUGGCCUGGACUCCCAGUGCCUGAACCGUAUGUUGCUUUAUGAGUGUCACCCACAGGUGUGCCCUGCUGGGGAGCAAUGCCAAAACCAGAGCUUUACCAAACGGCUUUACCCAGAGACUGAGCUGUUCCGCACUGAGAGGAGAGGCUGGGGCCUUCUGUGCAAGAGAGAUAUUCGAAAGGGUGAGUUUGUGAAUGAAUACGUAGGGGAGCUGAUCGAUGAGGAAGAGUGCAGACUUCGCUUGAAAGGAGCCCAUGAAAACGGAGUCACCAACUUCUACUUGCUUACUGUCACCAAGGAUCGUAUCAUAGAUGCUGGCCCUAAGGGGAAUUAUUCCCGAUUUAUGAAUCACAGCUGUAACCCCAACUGCGAAACCCAAAAGUGGACGGUGAAUGGCGAUGUGCGAGUCGGACUGUUUGCUCUUUGUGACAUACCUCAAGGUACUGAGUUAACAUUUAACUAUAACCUUGACUGUUUGGGAAACGGUCGAACGGAGUGUCAUUGUGGUGCAGAUAACUGCAGUGGUUUCUUGGGGGUACGACCAAAAACAGCUUGUGCUACAGCAACAGAAGAAAAGGCCAAAAAUGCCCGCUUGAAAGCAAAGAAACGCAAAAUCAAAACUGAGCAAAAACAGAUGCAUGAAGAUUUCUGUUUCCGCUGUGGUGAUGGGGGGGAGUUGGUGAUGUGUGAUAAGAGAGACUGUCCUAAAGCUUAUCAUCUCCUCUGCCUUAACCUGACACAGCCUCCCUAUGGGAAAUGGGACUGUCCUUGGCACCAGUGUGACAAAUGCGGAUCCACCUCCUCAUCCUUCUGUGAAUUCUGCCCUUCGUCUUUCUGCAGAGAGCAUGAUAAAGGAGAGUUGACAAUCUCAUCCCUGGAAGGGAGACUGUGCUGCUCUGAGCAUGACCCCAAGCGCCCAACGGCAUACGGAGAGAAGAAAUUUAAAUUUAAAAUCGAGCAUGAGGAUUCCUCAUUACCAUCAGAGUUUUAAAAAAGAUGAUGCACAUCAGAUUGAAACCUCUUCUUCAUACAGUGUGAACUCUCCCCUUCGAUCAAUAGCGGGGAUGCGUAAUGUGCACAUCGUGUUUUAUUGCCAGGAUUGAAUUGUACAUGACCUAUUAGUGUCAUUUCCUUGUUCUUAGAAACUCAUCUUUUUUAUUAUUAUUAUUUUGAUGGUGGAAUUGGUCUCCCUCUUUUCCCCACCGUUGUGGUCAACAAGUUGUAUUUAUUAUAUUUAUUAUAUUUUUUAUUUUUCAUCUGGAUGAUGAAAAAAUUUUUUUGGCUUGGGCAACCAACUUCCCCAGUUUUAGGUAUUUUGAAGAAAGAAACAGAAAAAUUUCAUUUUUUGUAAUCAUAAACAUGUAUAAAAAUAUGGAUCCUGGAUGAAUUCUAGAAUGUUCUUUUAAAGAAAAAAAAAAACAAAAAACGGUUGCAGCAGGAAUUAAAGGCAUAUGUUUACCUGGCUCUUAAGACUAUAUGGGAAUUCAACAGAUUAUAAACCCCUUUGCGUCUCCUGGUGGAAUACAAGAGCAGGACAUUCAGUGAACGGAUACAGUUAUACAGUAUAUACUUAAAAACAGAACAAAGCAACAAUGUCUGCCUAACGUCUUCAUGAAGUGAAGAGGAAAGCACAGAGAUCCUAUUUUUCCCUGUGACUUUAAUGGAUAUGUUCUUGGCCUCCUAUCAUUCUCCAUCCUUCUAAAAUGACCUUUUUGUUAGUGAUCAAGACCUAAAUGGAAUUUAUCCUUUAGGAAUUGAGGGUAAAUAACUGUCCUCUUGCAUUGAAAUUGGCAUCUACACAGUACAUUUUUAGAGGAUGCUCUUGUCACCCCUCUGGUGCAUCACUCAUUAAGUAUUAAAGAACAAAGCAAAAACCAUCAAACGGCGCAAUCACUGACAGUGAUCCUUCUAUAGGAAAAAUAUCCUAUUACUAUAAAAGGGUUUACCAUAGGAUGGACAGUGACAUUUUCCAGCGACUUCAUGUAGUCUUUUUUCUAUACUUCUGUAAAAGGACAUGAAGGGGAUUUCAGCUGUCACUUUAAUAUAACAGUAUAGUCAGUUGUUCUGAUUGUGCCUGUACAUGAGUUAUCAGUGCUCUAGAACCAUCCAAGACUGUUCACUUUAUUAAGAGAAAGGAAUAAGUGCUUGAUUAUCAUUCCUCACUAUGUACAGUCAAAUCUUGUGGUGUUAUUCCACUGUAUCAAAAGCAAUUACAGUUGUUGCCAUCCACCAACCCACCCUAUGUCACAGGAAGGGAAUGGAGAUAGAAGGGUAGAUCUUCAACACUAAUGGUCUUGGGUUGUUCACAUAUUACAGUCCCCAUUCUGUGUGAUAGUCCUAAAUGCACACAAUUCCAUUCCAAGGUUCUAUUUUGUGUGGCGACCAUUCGAGACCUGCGCUAGCCCUUUAUGUUGUCAACACUUUUGACAGCGGUACAGUCGAAUUGCACAAACUACAGUAAAAUUGCACAACCUGAAAUGCACAUGCAUGCAGAUGUAUGCACCUCUAUAUAUGAGCGAGACACUCCUGGCCUGGCAUUUUAAUGAUGUAUAUCCUUGUCUGGACUUGAGAUUGUUAUUAAGUACAAAAUAUGUUUAUGGUGGUAGUUUAUUUUUACAUGUUUUUUUUUUCUUUUAUAUUCUGCUUUAGUUUAUAAAGCAGCAAUUGUUCUUUGUAACCUUCAGCUUGAAUGCACUGUGCCGAUGUUGGUGCGAUGGUUUUAGCUUACAGGUUGAAUUAAAUGAGUCGAAGACUAUGAGGUCUUUUGAGGUGCAUUAGCUGUCAAAAUUGGUAUGAUCUAAUUAAAUUGCAUAGAUCAUGUACGUUCGUUUAUUGGAGCACAACGGUCAUUUGUUUUUUUUUAGUGCAUUUAUUAUAUUAUUAUUUCUAGCCAUACCUUUGUUCCAAGUAUCAAAUAGGAGAUUUUUUUGUUGUGCUCAGAUGUGAUAGUGAACCGUUCUCUGAAUACAGUUGUUUUGUAUUCAGGGAGCCACGGUGACCGGCAUUACAGGCUGCUUGAUAGGCACGAGGAGAACGCAAAUAGUUAAACCUGAAGGAUGAAGCAGUGUGCUUUAGGAACAAUAAAAGACGACAUGUACAAGAUAGUAAAUAAUUCACCUUUCUAUAAAGGGUUUUCUCAAUGGAACAUGCAUAAUGGACUUUUACUUAAAGGAAAUCUGUCAUGAAAGAACAUGGAGGUUGCCAUUACUGACCUAUCCUGUUUAAAAAGAGCAAGUAGGCAGAUAAGGACUUGUGGCUUUCCAGAUUGGUAUACUUAUUCUGGAUCAGUGAUCUGAAAAAUAUGUAAGCCGAUGAACAGCAUAACAGCUGAAGCAAGGAAGUUCAGCAAUAGCAUCCCAGUGUUGCUUUGAUGACAGGUUUACUUUACUUUCUGGCUGGCCCUUACUUCAAAAGGACUAGGGCUUGUGGCCUCAGGUUUUACAGUUGGGUUAUGAUGCUCUAUGAGCACAAUAAGAGCUUUGUUUUAUGGUGUUUUUUGGUGACAUUGUCACUGCUGACCCACCAGUGAACAUUUGUUUAGUAACAAACGACAUUGAAGCUUAUGACAUGACCAUUGAAAGAUUGGUUAUGCUUGGCACUAGAGCUUUGUAUUGGUCAGAAUGGUUAAGUAUAAAUGAGACUGCAGGGUCAAAAGGUGCUGAUUGUGCACUCCCCGCUCCCUUAUAUUGCUGUUUGUGGGGAUGAGUAACAGAGCAGAACUCAGUACAGGCUUCAGGUGAGCCUAACAUGCAGCUUGUGGGUGUGCAAAGCCUCAUCGUCACUUGUUGCACAUGUCAUGGUGGAACACAUUGGAAGUAAAUGACCAUGCAGUGCUGUAAUAUGAGCAUAUGCAGCAAGUGACAAUGAAAAAUUCUAGUAUAAUGGCAAAUAGUCAUGAUAUUGGUUUAAAAGAAAAACAAAUCUCAAAUCUUACAAUAAAAAAACAAUUAACACUUUCCAUCAUUCCGAUUUACAGAAAAGUUUAGGUAGAAGAAAACAGAAGCAGCACAUUAUGCAUCUUGUAUGCUAAGGUGUGAUGUUCUGUGCAGGCGGAGAGGUAACAUAAAAGCUGAACUCCAGCUAGAUCGCUACAUACACAGCUCAGAUAAAUAUAUUUGAACUAAUUUAUCUACCAAAAGGUUUGUAAUAUAAAUGAUUAGUUCUGCUCAGCAGCCUUUUUGACUUGCAUACAUUUCCCAUGUGUUAUAAUAAAGCUGGGUGACACCCCUGCUCUCUGCAGCAGCUUCCAAUGUUGCGUGUCUGCUCACCGGACUGAGAACUAACAUCACCAUACCUCUGAAGUCUCUUUGUACUCCUCUUAUAUGCUGUCUAAACACUUCCCCUCUGUCUUCCAUUGCCCCAAAACAUGUUUGAUUUAAAAUCCCUUGGUAAUACAUUAGCACAUGAUUGGCUUACAGCACAGACACUCAUAGUCUGAAUGAUUUACGACUGUGCAGGAGACUGUGAUAAAGUGCCAUAAAGAUAGAUUUUCAACUAUUACCGUUAGACUUUCAACUAUUACCGUUAAAAAGGAACUUUGCCCUUAUUAUAGAAAUCACCACAAAUGCACCUUUAGAAACACUUAGUAAUGGCAAUCUUUUCUCCCCCCUAUUCUUCUCACGCUGCCCUUUUUAACUUAAGGGCAUGUGAAUACAUCCUGGAAAUAGAACUUCCCAGGAUGGAGCUGUGAGGCCCUGGUUACAUCAUCAGAAACCAGGAAGCAGAAAUUAAUUAUUUAAUAAAAGCAAAAAAUGUUUAAUGGAAUGUAAAAUAAGCUAUAUGCUAAUGUGUUUUUUAGUAAAACAAAAUGCCCAGACUAUGAACAUUAACAUUUAACAUCCCCUUAACAAACAGUAAAAGAGCUUAAAAAAAAGUCCAUCACUGACCUCUGUAGCUGCAGGCACUGUGGAGAAAUUGACCCUCAAAGACCACAAAUGAGACUCUAAGGCUGGGUUCACACAUAUGCGAUGCGGGAACCAGCGCAAUUCCAGGGCGAGUUCUCGCAUUUCGCAUGUCUCCUGCAGGCAAGUCACACUGCCUUAUGCGAACCGAUGCGGGUGUCAAUAUAAAGUUAAUGACACCCCCAGAUCGGUUCACAGAUUGCAGUGCGAACUGUAAAAUGGUGCAGGAAUCGAAUCGUAUCGUAUGGGUGUGAACAACCAUGCAAUCCGAUUCCCGUGGUGACCAAAAAAAAGGGUCCUGCACCAUUUUUGUCCAAAUGCGAUGUAAAUUUAGCUAUACAGUUUGUAUGGCUAAAUUUGCACUGCAUGUGAUCUGCGCAGCAAUGCAGUGCAAAUCACAUGCGAUGUCUGACAUCGCAAUAGUGUGAACCCAGCCUAAAGUUGGGCUCCAGUCAGUGUUUACCAGCUUGUGGCAACUGCCAUUUGUUUACAAUAGAGGACUGGCAGACUACUAAGUCUGUUCUGGCAGAACUUAUAAAAGGGUAAAGAGCUGUGAUCUCAGUGCCUCUGUUAUGAAUAUUGGAGAUGAAUUUCUCCACAAUGUCCUGCUUUACAGGUCCUUUACUUCUGGUUAGAAAUAUAAUUAACUGAAUGCACAUAGUUUGGGCACAGGCACAGGUUAAAUAGACUAAAAGCUGUUUCUUUUAUAUAUGUUUGGUGUUCUGCUUUAGGUGACAUUGGUUAUAAAACCUGUGACCAGUCAUGACUUAUUCCUGACAGUUGUGAGAAAUCACUUCUGUAGAAAAGUUUUUAUAUUUUAGAAAGCUGAUCUAGGAGGGAACUAAAACAAUGGAAAGAGAGACCAGCAGUUGCUUAAAAGAGGACUUCAGAGAGGGCUACAAUUUGUGAUAUUACCCAAAUGGAUCUCAAUCAAGAGUAACAUUUUAAAUUUACCAAUGAAAAAUCCUUAAAGUUUUUUUAAGAAGUAAAUGAUAUAUGAAUCAACACAACUUUAAUUACAGGGUCUGCCCAUAUUGUGCCAAACACACAAGCUUUUUUUUUAUUAUGGGGAGAAAGUAAGAAUUUUCUAUUGUGUUGUCUUGGUUAUUAUGUGCCAACAAAUUAUUGUAUUUACAAUUUAAUUGUACAGGUUUUACUGUUCAGAUUGUUUGAUGUUUAGCAGUGUUAAAGUCUUUUUCUUCCUGUAUAGUGUCAUCCAUACCAGUGUCCUUUCCAUGAAAUCCAGUACAUGCUGCUAUUUUAUAUCGUCUACAGAUUUUUUUUGUGUACUUUGGCUGCAGGCAAACUAGAUCAUAAAGACCUACUAAAAUACACUAGUAUGUUUCUUUUUGUUUUUUAUGUGUUUUUCCACCCACUGAGACUUGCUGGUGUCUACGUAUAAAUGCAAUUUGUGUUUUACAUUUUUGUUCUAAAAAAAAAAAAUCAAGACUGAAUAUUUGUACUUUUUAUUACUAAAUAUACUCAAUAGUAAGUCCCAA